GCCGCUUGAUCGCCUCUUCCUGUUUCUCAUCUUCCUCAUUUAUAACCGACUGGAUACCCUCGAACAACUCUCGUAACUUCUCUACUUCACCUCCAUGCGCUACGCCGUACUAGUAACAGGCCCUGCAGGCGCAGGAAAAUCAACAUUCUGCUCAUCAUUUGUCACCCACCUUCAAACAUCAAAACGUACAGGUCACUUAGUCAACCUGGACCCUGCAGCAAACAGUGAUGCAUUCGAAUACGAACCUGCGAUUGACAUUCGUGACUUGAUAAGUCUAGACGAUGUCAUGAGUGAGUUGGGCUACGGUCCAAAUGGCGGUUUGGUGUACUGUUUCGAGUGAGUGAAUAUCUACUACAAAAUAUGGAUUGGCUUGAAGAAGAACUGGGUGGUUAUGAUGAUGACUACCUCAUCAUUGACUGUCCAGGUCAAAUCGAACUAUACACCCACCAUCCAUUCCUAUCCACCCUUGUCCGGAAUCUGCAGAGGAUGGGCAUCCGGACAUGUGCCACUUAUUUGAUUGAAUCACAAUUCAUGGAAGACAAAUACAAGUUCUUCAGCGGUGUCUUGUCGGCAAUGUCGGCCAUGGUAAACCUUGAAGUGCCUUGGAUCAACAUCAUGUCGAAAAUGGACCUUGUAACGAGUAAUACGGAAGACUCGGGGAGUGGACGGAACGGUAUACGAGCGACGAAGGAUAUCGCAAGAUAUCUUGACCCAGAUCCUCUUCUCCUGGUUUCCGCACCUGGCAGUAGGGACGAAAAGACGGAACGAAAUUCAAAAUUCCACGCUUUGAACCGAGCAAUAGUUCAAUUAAUCGAGGAUCACCCGCUUGUAUCCUUCCUACCGCUGGACCUGACAAACCCAGAUUCAAUAGAAACCGUCCUGAGUCAUAUCGACUAUACAAUGCAAUACGGCGAAGAUGAAGAGCCGAAAGAGCCGACAAAUCUUGAUGAAGGCGACUUUGCGGACCUGGAGUAAUCGUAGCCUUUAGUCCCGUGUGGUGGGAGUUGAUCUACGGGAGGGACGGAGCCCUCAUGUAUCUGACACACUGUAUUUGACCGAUUUAAUGCAUCCUGUAGCACUAACGACCCUUAGUUUACAAGUCUACCCUUAUCAUCAUCAUUUCCACAUCUCC